GCGUGUGCGUGUGCGUGCGCUCAGCCCAGCGUGAGCGGCACCUGCUAGUCCGGGCUCGCCGAGGAGGCCGCCUCGCCGGGCUCUCACCGCCGCGCCCGCCCGAGCGGCUCAGAGGGCUUCGAGGGCUCCGAGGUCGCCCAGCAGCCGCGGUGGCCCCGCUGCCUGCAAGUCCGCCUGGCUCCGAGUCACGUGUCAGUGCCCGAGGCAGAGACUGAGAAAAAAACGCGCUUCAUUCCUUCUUCCACCGCCAUACUGUAUUUUCCUAAAUCUCAUUUUUAUUCCAACAUUUUACUCCCGCUCGGUGAGUACCUACUCAGUGGCAUUCUUGUCCUAUUCUUUUUUUUUUCCUUUUUUUUGUUUUUGUUUUUGUUUUUUUUUUUUCUUCUUCUUCUUCUUCUUUUUCUUCCCACUUCUUUGAUUAUUGUUUGUAUUUGGGAAAGCUGACGAGCAUAGUCUUAAGCCUUUUCCUCAAUCAAGUUUUCCUAGCAUGCGAUGGUUCUCUAGACAAGGCGCUGUGUCUGGGAGUCCGCGGCAGCGGUGCUCUCUGCGAGCGGCUCCCAAGUCCAGCAAAAUGUGCAACUGGUUUUAUGGAAAAAGCGUUGUGAAGUAUGGUGCCUAUUUUUUUCCCUUUGUAAAGAUAAGAAAGCAUGUUUCUAACUCUUUUUUACGUACUCUUUUUCCGAUUGCAUUUUUGUGUAGGUGGGAUUUUCCAGCAGUGUUCACAAGUUUGUCGUCUUGCAAUUCGAUUCGCACCACUGAGCAAAGACAUUAAUUUUGCAUUUUUAUGACCUUUUUGGAAGCCUGUGAGAAAUAUUUCGUUUUUUCCCCUCCUGUUUUUGAUAUCAGUUGAUAACAUGAAACUUUUCUUGCAGCUAGUUAAAGGGAUUAUUUUUAAGCAGUUGCUUUUUUUCCUCCUUUACAUUAACUAUUACUUUUGCAUAUUUGACUUUUUUAUUUAAAAAACCCGAGAUAAUUUUAUGAUAGAUAUCCUGAUAUCUAUAUUAUCCCUUCUUCCUCCUUCUCCCCUCCCCGUAAAUCAAUUUUCAAAUGAUGGCAGUGGAAGGUUUUUCUGGAAAAAAAAAUGAAGUGCGGUUUGGUUUCCUUGUCAACGGAGGAUGAAGUGAACAGCACAACAGCUCGCAGAGAGCAGGAUUGAAACAAGGUGAACCAACCAUGACGGGCAAAACACAAACAAGCAACAUUACCAAUAAGAAUGACCCCAAGUCCAUCAACUCCAGGGUUUUCAUCGGCAAUUUGAAUACAGCCAUCGUCAAAAAGGUCGACAUUGAAGCUAUUUUUUCAAAGUAUGGAAAAAUCGUUGGCUGCUCUGUUCACAAAGGGUAUGCUUUCGUUCAGUACAUGAGUGAGCGUCAUGCAAGAGCCGCAGUGGCUGGAGAAAACGCCAGGGUCAUCGCAGGCCAGCCUCUUGAUAUCAACAUGGCAGGGGAACCCAAACCCUACAGACCAAAGCCUGGAAGUAAGAGACCCCUGUCAGCCCUGUACAGGCUUGAAUCAAAGGAGCCAUUCCUGUCUGUUGGUGGUUACGUAUUUGACUACGAUUACUACAGAGAUGAUUUCUACAAUCGGCUGUUUGAUUACCAUGGCCGUGUACCUCCGCCUCCUCGAGCUGUCAUCCCACUCAAACGUCCCAGAGUGGCUGUCACCACCACACGCAGGGGCAAAGGCGUCUUUUCCAUGAAAGGGGGAUCCAGAUCUACUGUUGGUGGGUCAUCUUCAUCAGGCUCUAAGUUGAAAUCAGAUGAGUUACAGACAAUCAAGAAAGAAUUAACUCAGAUCAAAACCAAAAUUGACUCCUUGCUGGGGCGCCUGGAGAAGAUUGAGAAGCAGCAAAAGGCAGAAGCAGGUUUCCUGCAAUGGAUCAGACCUGCCACAGAUCGUGCUGGAAGAUCAUCUAUAAACGCUAGCUCUCUAAUUCAAGCCCUGAUUUUCCUUUUAUAAAAGCUGUCAUCUUGCCUUUGCUCAUCUUUAAACUUUUUCCAGUCAUGAGACUGUUUCUUUCAUAAAUGACAAGUCCUGUCCUUGCUAUUGGCGUCUCUCUCUUCCUUUUACAUGCUAUGAAGAAAAUGAAGGUAUUUAAUUUGUAUCUUCUUUGUCCUUGUAAUUGUCUUCUGAAUAGCAUCUAUAUUUUUGGAGAUCACACAAUCCUCUUCUUUACUUCCUGUAUUUUCUCAGUGGAAAGAAAUCAGAGUUAUAUGGAAAGACUUAACAUUGUGUUGUGGAGAGAAGAGCAAAAUGCAUUAAAAUUCAUUAAAAGGUACUCAAAGCCUCCUUAUUAAAUCCAGGGGCACUAAUUUUAAUGCUUAAUUAGUUGAAAGCUAAUUACUGGGUAGCUAGCACUUAUUCUUCAUCAUUGCUCUUUAUAUAUAACAUACCCUACUUGGUAUUAGCUAUGUAAUAAAGAAUGUUUCCAGCAUAAAUAGAGUGGAAGCCAGAAAACAGAUGACUAGGAAGAAACUGCCACAGAAUGUGGAGUGUGCCCUGAGCCCCACAUGGGGGAAGUUCUGAGGGAGCUACAUGAGGUUUGUUUCGCCAUUGACUUCAAAGCAAAUUCUCAAACUUCCAGACAAAAUCACUAUAAAACAGUCAUAUUAUAAUGAACUGUGUACACCAUAAGUUGCCUGCUUAUAGCUAUGUGUAUCUUCAUUUUGACAUUAUAAUCUUUCUACGUAUAAGGUCACAUUUUCUUUAGCUACUUUGAACAUUGUAAUGCCAUUUACUAUGACCAUAUAUGUAGUAAGGCUUGAGAUCUUUUAAAUUAUAGGCAACAACAAUGCCCUGAAGUGCAUACCCAAACACUUAAAAUUAGGAUUCCACCAUGCAUAUAUUGUUUUUCUACUGAAUAAAACAACUUUAAAAAGAUGCGAUGAGCAUGGAUUAUGGAAAACAGCAAUUAGCUGUUUAUAUGUUUAACCUAUAACUGGAUUUCAUUCUUAGAUGAUUCUUUAGAGGGAACAAAAUGUAAAUUAUUCUAUGCACACACACACACACACACACACACACACACACACACAUACACACACACACAUACACACACACACACAUACACACACACACAUACACACAAACACACAAAUUAUACGGCUAUAUGGCUGGCUUACAUCAUGAUAUCAUAUAACCAGGAAGGGUAACUGUAAUAAGAAAUGAGAGAUCAUGUAGCACACAAUGGGCAGAAUGCAUUCACAUUAAAAUUAAUCACAGACUGAUGCAAAAAUACCGUGGAAAUUAUUCCAUCUAGAUUUAUUCUGAAAAGCAUGCCUAAUGCUUGAGCAGUAGCUUUGCCUGGGUGGUUACAGUGGUAAACUGAGAGUUAGACUGAAGUAUCAUAAACUUUUGUCUUAGUGGGUAAAUGAAUUCUUCCCAUAUGUUUUCAUACAGCAAAAAAUUAUAGACACGCAAUGUUCAAAAAUGGUUAUAUUGUAAGUUAAUGUCAAGUUAAUGUACAGGACUUCUUAGGAGAUAAUGGAAAUUUUCAACUCUGGUAUUCAAGGUUAAAAGCUCUAGACCUAGAAAAACUUUACAGUUAAUACCAUUGUUGAUGCAACUCACACAGUUGUUUUUAUCUGCUUGGUGAUUAGUACGUUUUCCUGUAACCACCCUUUGGUAGGCUGCUCUACAGGAGUCCAGAUGGAUUUAGCUUUACCUGAGUUAGCCAUUCUUUCCAUGUUAUCUAACUCCAUGUAUAUAUAACAGUCAACUAAAUAUUUACGAUUUCUAAUACUCCUACAUUUCUAAAGCAUUUGAACAUGUGGUUAAUAUAUGAGUUCAUCUAAACUGAAUUAAAGUCUUGAUUGAAUCACCUCUAAAUCCUCUUCCUAGAGUAAUAUCAACAAGUCAUUUAUUUGAUUGUCUUGUAAGUUUAUUAUAUAUCCUGGACUAUUAAUGUCUCUCAUCUCUGGUCAUCUACAGCUAGUUAAAACGUUUGUAGAAUGCAAAGCAGGGAUUCUGAGCAGAUCUUCAUUCUCUAGCCUCUGCUGUGACCACUGAUUCCCAUUCUGAACACUCCUGUUCUCAUGGCAGUUUGCAGGCAGCUGGUGAUGCUUCCAGUUAGACUCAGUGGCUUGAACUUGGCUUCUUUCUUUUACUGCUUGAUAGUAACGAUAAUGCUUUGAAGUGAAGUUCCACUGCCAUAAUGAAAAUAGAAUAAAAUUUUACAAAUCAGAUUACAGAGGAGAUUUGUGUAUCUAACUUACUACCUUCUAAUAGUCCAAGUCCAGUUUUAAUAUCAGAAUUUCCAUGAUCAUGGCUCUAAGUUAAGUAUACUAAGUAUCCCAGAAAUAGAUAUGAAUGCAUGAAGAUCUGGGGAAAAAGAAAAAA